AGCAUAGGCAACCAUUCGAUUCAUCCUAUUGGCCGCGGUGUCCAACGGGUGGGAGGCAGCAGGGAGAAGAGAAAUGGGUAACCGCCAGGUCCUCCCCGCUCUCCUCCUCGCCCUCCUGGCCCUCGCGUCGAGCGGCGGAGGCGCCCAGGCGUCGGCGGGCGGCGGUGCCCAUCCGGCUACGCCCGUGAAGGCGCCGCUCACCAGGCAAAGCUUCCCCAAGGGGUUCGUCUUCGGCACCGGCUCCGCGGCCUACCAGUACGAAGGCGCCGUCAAGGAAGGUGGCCGAGGACCGACGGUGUGGGACAAGUUCGCCCAUACUCCAGGCAAGAUUGCAGACGGCAGCAACGGAGACGUAGCGCUAGACUUUUACCAUCGGUACAAGGAGGAUCUGAAGUUGGUGGUAGACAUGAACAUGGAUGCCUUCAGGUUCUCCAUCGCAUGGAGCAGGAUACUGCCAACUGGUUCUAUUAGUGGAGGAGUGAACAGACAGGGGAUUGCAUUUUACAACAGCCUUAUCAACGACGUCAUAGCUAAAGGGUUGAAGCCGUAUGUGACACUGCACCACUGGGACACACCCCUUGGGCUAGAGGAUAAAUACGGUGGCUUCCUCAGUGAAAAGAUCGUGAAGGACUACGUGGACUUCACGGACGUGUGCUAUAACGAGUUCGGCGACCGCGUGAAGCACUGGACGACGUUCAACGAGCCGUGGACGUACAGCACCUACGGCUACUCCACGGGCGUCUUCGCGCCGGGGCGGUGCUCGCCGCACGUCUCGGCGUCCUGCGGCGCCGGCGACUCGGCCCGGGAGCCCUACAUCGUGACGCACAACAUCCUGCUGGCCCACGCCGCCACCGUCGCGCUUUACCGGCGCAAGUACCAGAAGGCGCAGGCCGGCGAGGUGGGCAUCACGCUGGUGUGCCACUGGUACCUCCCCUACAGCAACUCCACCGCCGACAAGGCCGCCGCCAAGCGCCGGGUGGAGUUCAUGCUGGGGUGGUUCAUGGACCCGAUCGUGCACGGCGACUACCCGGCGUCCAUGAGGAGCUGGCUCCGCGCCCGGCUGCCGGCGUUCACCCCGGCGCAGACGGCGGCGCUCAGGGGCUCCUACGACUUCGUCGGCCUCAACUACUACACAACCUACUACGCCAUCGCCACGCCGGCCCCGGCCACCCCGCUCCAGGGCUCCUACGACGCCGACAACCGCUCCAACGUCACCGGCUUCCGCGACGGCAAGCCCCUCGGCCCGCAGGCCUACACCGAGUUCCUCUUCGUGUACCCGCCGGGCAUCCACGAGCUGAUGCUCUACGCCAAGCGGAGGUACAACAACCCGGCCGUCUACGUCAUGGAGAACGGCAUCGACGAAGGCAACAACAGCUCGCUGCCCAUCAAGGAGGCCCUCAGGGACCCAGCCAGGAUCAACUACCACUACAAGCACCUCCUCUUCCUCAACCUCGCCAUCAAGCAGAAGGUGAACAUCAAGGGCUACUUCACGUGGACGUUCAUGGACUGCUUCGAGUGGGGCGACGGGUACAAGGAUCGCUUUGGCCUCAUAUACAUCGACCGCAGCACGCUCAAGCGCUACCCCAAGGACUCCAGCAAAUGGAGGGGCAGGUUCCUGAAGAAAUGAUCGACGAUCCAUCUGCCAUGCGCGGGCCUGGUGUCUCGGCUCAGGCGGCCUUCGUUUCUAGUACUAUCUGCAUGCAUAUGCUGCGCGCAUGCAUGGUUGGUUGUGAGUUUCAAUUGCGGAGACGGCAUCGGCGAUAUUGAGUUAUUGACUAAUACUGUACUUGUGAACAAGCGUUUGCUGCAUUUGGCCGUUGACCGUGCGAAGAAAUAAACUUGAGGCUGAGGAGUGUUAUUCCCGGCCCAUUCAGUUUGAGAA